AUGACCUCUAAUCCACCCCAGACGGCGAAGCCGUUCAAGAAACUAGAUCUUGAUGGUCAUGAGCUUCCACCAUCCCCAGCACCCUCCAGCCCUCUCAGUGGCCGUCGCCGAUAUGCCUUCGCCACGGAACUGGUUUAUACCGAUAGCAAUGACCAGUACGGAUCGUCGAGCGUUCCCAUCUACCAAACCGCCACCUUCAAGCAAGUUAAGGCUACUGGUGGCCAGCAAGAGUAUGACUACACCCGCUCAGGCAACCCUACGCGAACACACCUUGAAAGGCACCUGGCGAAGAUCAUGAAUGCCACAAGGGCUCUGGCAGUCAGCUCAGGAAUGGGUGCGCUCGAUGUGAUCUGCCGACUACUACGGCCCGGUGACCAUGUCAUCACCGGUGACGACCUCUACGGUGGCACUCACCGACUUCUUACUUACAUGGCUGCAAACCAAGGCAUUGUCGUGCAUCAUGUCGACACAACGAACCCAGAGAGCGUCCGCAAAGCUAUCUGCCCCAAAACUGCCAUGGUUCUUCUGGAGACGCCUACAAAUCCGUUGAUCAAGAUCGUCGACGUUCCCGCUAUUGCCCAGAUGGUCCACGAGGCCAAUGAGAAUGCUCUUGUUGUUGUGGACAACACUAUGCUUUCUCCCAUGCUUUGCAACCCUCUCGAUCUUGGAGCCGACAUCGUCUAUGAGUCCGGAACCAAGUAUCUCUCAGGCCAUCACGACAUUAUGGCCGGUGUCAUCGGCUGCAAUGAUGCGUCGGUUGGCGAUCGGUUGUUCUUCACCAUUAAUGCGACGGGAUGUGGACUCGCACCCAACGAUGCCUUCCUUUUGAUGCGUGGUGUCAAGACACUCGCGAUCCGCAUGGAGAAACAGCAGGCAAAUGCCCAAGCAAUUGCCGAAUUCUUGGAAUCCCAUGGAUUCCGCGUACGAUAUCCGGGUCUAAAGUCUCAUCCGCAAUACGACCUCCAUCGUUCCAUGGCGAGGGGUGCCGGUGCCGUUCUUUCCUUCGAGACAGGAGAUACCGCACUCUCCGAGCGCAUUGUGGAGGCCGCUAGAUUGUGGGGUAUCAGUGUCAGCUUUGGCUGUGUCAACAGCUUGAUCAGCAUGCCUUGCCAGAUGAGCCACGCGAGCAUAGAUGCGAAGACAAGAGAAGAAAGACAUAUGCCAGAGGAUAUUAUCAGACUGUGCGUCGGCAUUGAGGACGUGAAUGACCUAAUCGACGACCUGUCGCGCGCUCUUGUGCAAGCCGGCGCUGCGAACGUUACCCUGGAAGGUUUCACCGCGGUUGGACCUGCCACUGAAUCUUCAGAAACUCCGGCGACCGAGGACAGUCAAUAG